UAGGGGGCGGUAGUUGGGGGUGGUGGGAGAAGGAGGAGGCGGCGGCGGUGGCGAAUCACUUAUAAAUGGCGCCAAAGCAGGACCCGAAGCCUAAAUUCCAGGAGGGUGAGAGAGUGCUGUGCUUCCAUGGGCCUCUUCUUUAUGAAGCAAAGUGUGUAAAGGUUGCCAUAAAGGAUAAACAAGUGAAAUACUUUAUACAUUACAGUGGUUGGAACAAAAAUUGGGAUGAAUGGGUUCCAGAAAGCAGAGUACUCAAAUACGUGGACACCAAUUUGCAGCAACAACGAGAACUUCAAAAAGCCAAUCAGGAGCAGUAUGCAGAGGGGAAGAUGAGAGGGGCUGUCCCUGGAAAGAAGACUUCUGGUCUGCAACAGAAAAAUGUUGAAGUGAAAACAAAAAAGAACAAACAGAAAACACCUGGAAAUGGAGAUGGUGGCAGUACCAGUGAGACACCUCAGCCUCGUCGCAAGAAAAGGGCCCGCAUAGAUCCUACUGUUGAAAAUGAGGAAACAUUCAUGAACAGAGUUGAAGGUAAAAUAAAGAUUCCUGAAGAACUAAAACCAUGGCUUGCUGAUGACUGGGACUUAAUUACCCGGCAAAAACAGCUCUUUUAUCUUCCUGCCAAGAAGAAUGUGGAUUCCAUUCUAGAGGAUUAUGCAAAUUACAAGAAAUCUCGAGGAAACACAGAUGAUAAGGAGUAUGCUGUUAAUGAAGUUGUGGCAGGGAGCAAGGAAUACUUCAAUGUAAUGUUGGGCACUCAGCUUCUCUACAAAUUUGAGAGACCACAGUAUGCUGAAAUCCUCGCAGAUCACCCUGAUGCACCCAUGUCCCAGGUAUAUGGAGAGCCACAUCUACUGAGAUUAUUUGUACGUAUUGGAGCAAUGUUGGCCUAUACACCUCUGGAUGAGAAGAGCCUUGCUUUAUUACCGAAUUAUCUUCAUGAUUUCCUAAAAUACCUGGCAAAGAACUCUGCAACUUUGUUUAGUGCCAGCGAUUAUGAAGUGGCUCCGCGUGAGUACCGUCGGAAAGCUGUGUGAGGCGCUUAUACUCACUCUUGUUUGGAUCUCUGUAAACACAUUGUUUCCUAGUCCUUCUCUUGUACAAAUGAUGUACUUUGGAAAUGUUAGUGUAUAACAGAAGUGAUGUUUGUUUUCUGUUUGAUUUUAAACAGAAAAUAAAAGGGGUUACAGCUCCUUUUUUCUUUCUUUUUUUUUUUUCUUCUUCAUUUCAAAGUUGCUACCAGUGUAUUCAAUGACGGACAACAGAGAGACGUACUGUAGAGUGUUUUAUUGCUUAGUUGACAAAGCUGCUUUUGAAUGCUGGUGGUUCUAUUCCUUUGACACUACGCACUUUUAUAAUAUGUGUUAAUGCUAUAUGACAAAAUGCUCUGAUUCCCAGUGCCAAAGGUUCAAUUCAGUGUGUAUAACUGAACACACUCGUCCCUUUGUGCUCCCCCCUUUUUUUUAUGGUGCUUACAGUAAAGAGCCCAUCCUUUGCAAGUCAUCCAUGUUGUUCCUUAGGCAUUUUAUCUUUGCUCAGAUUGUCAAAGAAUGGUGGCUUGUUUCAUGGUUUUUGUAUUUGUGUCUAAUGCACGUUUUAACAUGAUAGACGCAAUGCAUUGUGUAGCUACAGUUUUCUGGAAAAGUCAAUCUUUUAGAAAUUGUUUUUCAGAUCUUCAAUAAAUUUUUCUUUAAAUUUCAAAAAAAAA